GAUGCGUCUGCGUCGCGUGCCUCUCCUACUGUGUGUGUUUCAAAUAUUACUCCUUUACGUAGCAGCCCCAAUUUACGUCAAAUAUUCUCGACAAAAUGGAUGAAGAUGGGCUAGAACAGACUACUCCCUUGAUGAGUUUGAGACAAAUAAAAGCUUGCGGACAUCUUCUUUUGGGAACAUUACAACUUCGAUGUGAACAACAUGGCUCAACAGAGGAUCCACGAAAAGAAUCAAUAACUGCACGAGUAUUCCUUAGAAAGCGGAUGAAGGAGUUGCCAGAGACCGACGACAAAAACAACAAAGCAUUUGUUCUCCGUGCACUCUACAAACUUCUCGACGCAAACUAUGCAAUCGUAUUCAGCAAAAUUGGACAAGUAUCUGGAGAACUCGCGUUCCUUUCACAAAUCCACGACGAUCCGGAUUUUGAUAGUGUGGAAACUCAAUUCAUUUGGACUUGUGAUUAUCUCUUCAAAUCCGGACAAUUAGAAAAUGAAUGGAGAGGAGACUUUAUUGUACCUUCCACUCCAGAAUUUGAGAUGCCAAUGGUUGAUGAAAUGGCAGAAGAAGAGCAAGCGAACUUUAUGAUUGAAAGUGAAAUGGAGCUUCGUCGCCAACUUGAAGGAUAUAUGGCGAUUGAAGAAGGAAACAAUCAAUAAAAUUUAAAUAGUUUUGCACUUUUAUUGUCAUCUCAGUCAUCAUUUAAUAGUUCAUUUCUUGAUAUCAAAUUUCCAAUUCGCUCACUCGGUUAUGAUCCAAACAUCACUCAUGUCUCAAUGUUCCAAAUAGAAAAUUUUAGUAUUACCACAUCUCAUGCUCUCCUUUGUUGCUACUACUCGCUCUUUCCGAUGGCUAAUAAAUUGUCGAUAUUUU